CCUCUCUUCAUUCAUAUCCCUUUUUCUUUCUUUCUUUAUGUCAGUCAUGGGGUUUUCCUUGAGGCCGAGAAGGUUACAAGGAAAAUCAGAUCCAUUUACGGAGCCAGUGGAUCAUCAGGAUGAUGAAAAAAAGCUUAAAAAAUAUCAAAAUCAUCUAGACACGUCGUCUCAGGGCAUCGUUCAGGAAAGGAUCCGCUUGGUAAUCCUGACAGCACUGAGCCUGUACUUUCGGGUGCUGAAGUUAGGACAUCCUCCUUUUAUCACAGAGAUUGAAAUGGAAACGAGUAGACAGACGAAUUGGUAUAUGGCUAACAAGUACUUUAUCGGAAAGUAUCCUCCUCUCAGUGGCUUAAUAAAUACAGGUCUGGCGUAUAUCGUCGGAUACUAUGGAACUGAAGACCUCUUAUAUGCUGGACAAGAAUUCCAUCAAUUUCCUUUGAUCGGCAUGCGUAGGCUUGCUGCUAUUCUGGGGACUUUGAUCGUUCCCAUCUGCUACCUUACCCUCCGCAAUAUGGGCCAUUCCCGCUCUACUUGUACUCUUGCUGCAACACUCUUGAUCUUAGAGAAUGGUCAUAUCACUCAAUCAAGAUAUGCUUCACCAGAAGUAUUCGUACUGUUCUUUAGUGCUGCUGCUACUUUUGUGUGGACAAUUGUCCGUAACCGCUUGAGUGAAAGUGACCCAUACGGUGGGCUUUAUCUGUUAUUCUGGAAGAUACUAACAGGCUUAUGCAUUGGACUUUCUAUCAGUUCGAAAUGGACAGGAACAUUGAUUUUCCCCGUAAUUUGGUAUUCGAUUGGAAGAGAGAUAUGGAGCGAUAUGACCAAUACCAGACAGCCUAUAUACGCGUGUCUUCGAAAGCUAUAUGUUUAUCUUUUCAGUGUUGGGGUGUUUCCAUUUUGGAUAUACAUGUUUAUCUUUAAGAUACACUUUGAUAUUGUCUCAAAGGCGGGCGAUCAUGAUCUCAUCCUUAGUUCGCGGUUUCGAUACUCACUUGUUGGAAACGAAUUUGAACCCAGUCAACAAAACAUUGCCUAUGGAUCGCAGAUUGUGAUCAAACAUGAUGGGUCUCCAGGCGGAUACCUUCAUUCACAUAAAGAUCAGUUUACAGGUGGAAGCAAACAACAGGAAGUGACAUUGUAUCCCUAUGUUGAUCUGAACAAUAUUUGGACUGUUCACAAGAAAAAGAGUCUUUAUAAUUCGUCUCAGCCUUUGGAACUUGUUCAUAAUGGAGAUCAAAUCCGGCUAGAGCACUUUGCGUCAACUCGUAAACUUCAUUCUCAUGAUUAUCGACCCCAAAUAACAAGCAAAAGAGAGCAUCAGGAAGUAACUGCCUAUGGCGAUAAAUUGAUCAAUGACGUGUACGAUUACUGGACAUUGAUCGUGUUAGAUGACGACAAUAGGCACAGCAGAGACAUGAAUAUAACGUGGCAGACAUUGAAUCAGCGAUUUAGACUGCUUCAUAUACGUGGAUGUGCGCUGAUUAGCCAUGGAGCAUAUUAUGAAGGUGAAGGUCAUAACCACCAAGAGGUGACAUGUAUGGCCAGUGCAGGUCUUCACGUUUCUACAUGGAUUGUUGAAUCUGCUUAUCAUGAAAAGUUAGAAAACGCGGAACCUGUCUCGUUCACAAAGAUGAAAUUUAUUGAAAAGUUUAGAGAAACCCACAAUCUGAUGUUGAAGUACCCAUUUGUGGUUUACAAUCGCCUUGAACAAGGUAUUGGUUUACAAGACGGACUGCUGAACCCAAAAUUAGAGAAUGCAGGCACGCCUAUGAAAUGGUUUCUGAAAAGAACAAGCUCAAAAUUAUGGUAUAAGCUUUCUGGUUUCUCAGUUCAUCUCGUACUGAACGCAGCUGUGCAAAAGUUUAUAACGAGCGCCAUCAUUGGGUACAUGGGGUUUCUUUGUUUGAUCAAGUUCCUGGCAAAGCGCCAGAUCAAACUCCCAGCUCAGCUUUCAUGGCUCAGUAUUGCAGGAACAGAAAUUACAGUCAAUCAAGUUUAUAAAAAUUCAAUAUCCCUACUCAGUUCUGCUGUGGCGUCUCAUGUUGUGAUGCUUCGGCUAGUUCCGCCGCAUACGGUUAGCAUGUCCGAUAUCUUACCCAGCAUCUACUACGGCAUCAGUCUCUCCUCGGUGAUACUUGAAGGUAUGGUAUCCACCAUGCUUCCAAUCUAUCGCCGUGCUCUCUAUUAUGGUCUCAUCGUGUUGGCUCUCUUUUUAUUUUCACAACAGUCUCAUCUAACCUAUGGUACACGGUCAUGGCACAGAACGGACUGUGAAUCGUUUGGGAUCGACAUGAACUGUAUUCAUUUCCCCUUGUAUGAACAUGAACUCAAAGACUUUGUGGAGCAGAGUGGAGAGACACCCAACGCGACCGAUCUGACAGUGUAUUUUAAUGUUUUGGGCAAAACCGAGCCGUUCAGGUACACUCAAGGUCAAGAAAAGGAGGCUGAACAAGCACUUGAGUUAUUAAAGCAGACAAAAUAUCAGCAAGAAGCAGAACAGUCGACGGGUAUCUACAGGUACCAUCGUGUUGUGCCAACGCCUGCCAUUACCUUACAAGAAGCAAUUGAUUGGUCAAAGUCAGUACAUGAAAAAGCAAUUGAAAGAGAAAAGGAAGCAGCCAAGAAAAGAGCUGAAAAAAAGGCAUUGAAGAACAAGAAGCGAAGGAAGAGGAUGAAGAAAAGAAAGAAGACUAGUUUAUUAUAAAUUAUAAAAUGAAAUAAAUUCAAAGCCUGUGGGCGCCGAGUUCGCAGACCAAAUCGUCCCGGCAAGAUCUGACUGUUUAGUGACCCCCA